CACGCCCAUUGAGCACGUUUUCGUGGAUCUCUUAGCUAGACGGACUAUUUCUGUGGCGGCGUUGGCUCACCGCUGUUCUCUGUGUGAACAAGUCGGUCAACUGCCGAGAAAAGAGGGAAAAGAUGUCUUACAGCAAGAAGGAGGGACUGCAAGAGGAGUCUGCAGUGCACAAAAUUAGGAUCACACUCACUAGUCGUAAUGUUCGGAGUCUUGAGAAAGUCUGCAGUGAUCUGAUCAACAGGGCUAAAGAGUCACAACUACGGGUGAAAGGGCCUAUUCGCAUGCCCACCAAGACUCUCAGGAUCACGUGUCGUAAGACGCCUUGUGGAGAGGGCUCCAAGACUUGGGACAGAUACGAGAUGAGGAUCCACAAACGGGUCAUAGACCUGCACAGUGCAGCAGAGACUGUCAAACAAAUUACAUCGAUCAGCAUUGAGCCAGGUGUUGAAGUUGAAGUCACUAUUGCAGACCCCUGAUUGCUGUGGCAGGGAUCUCCUCGUUUGAUGAACGCUCUCAGUAAAAGACACUAAUAUCAAUCUCUUUAAACAAAUUUUAGGGUUGCAUGGAGUGUCAUAUUCUCUAGCAAUCCAUUCACCACAUUGUGCUUUAAUUAGAAGGAGGAAGGGAAUGUACAUGCAACCCCCCAUUCUUCAUGAUCUGUCUUGUGAAUGGGGUGUGAGUCUAGGCUAUCUGAAUGCACGCACAAUGCUCAGCCAGUCACAAGUA